AACUCUCCUCCUCCUCACUUUUAGCCUUCAACAAAAUCCCUCUCCAAUUUUUCUAUAUCCUUCUUCAACUUCAAACCACUCACACUAUGGGAGCUGGCAACCAACCCAAACCCACCGCCGAAACCCUAAAAUUUCUCUGCAGCUACGGCGGCAAGAUCCUCCUCCGCUACACCGACGGCGAGCUCCGUUACGUCGGCGGCCACACCCGCGUCCUCUCCGUCCAUCCCUCCAUUUCCUUCUCAGAAUUAAUGGUGAAGCUCACCGAGUUCUGCGGCCAGUCCGUCAUUCUCAGGUGUCAAUUGCCGGACGGCGAUCUGGAGACGUUGAUUACGAUCAAGUCCGACGAGGAUUUAGCUAAUCUAAUCGAAGAGUACGAUCGUGUUUCUUCCACUACUUCUCGUUCCUAUAAGAUCAGAGCGAUUUUAUCUCCGCCGAAUUCGCAGAAGCAAGGCUCGCCAUCUCAGUCUACGACGUCCACCGGCGGCGAGUGUUCGCCGUCGAAAUCGCUCUACUCUGACUUUGAUUCGCCGCCGAAGAGAUUCUAUUCUCCGACAGCGGUCGGGUUUCAAAGAGGCACAGGCAAAGUGUGCUACUAUCCUUGCCAUGUGCAGCGAACUCCGUGCGAGAUUCCGUACCAGCACCACCGGUAUCACCAGCACCACCAUCAAUUUCAGGUUCCUCACUGCAAUUGACCGGCGACUGGAUUCCGGCGAUCGGAAGCUUAGCAAUUUGAGGAGGAUUCUUAUCCUUAGAUAUAGAUGAUGACGAAAAAAAGGAAAUUAAUCGGAAUUUAAGGAAAACAAAACGAGAUAGGGUAGUCUGUGUUUGUUGUGAAUUGGAGAGAGGAUUUUCAUUCCUAUUUUUCUUUUUCUAUUUGUUUUUUAAAAAAAUUCGUUCAUAUUUACGAGGUGUGGUAUAAUGACAAAAAUAUACGACGGCGCUUUUAUUUUGUCGUUUGGUCUGCGUUUACGGCCGUUAAGUCAGUGCUGUCCGGAACACACUCUCCAUGCUCGCCACGUACCGUCAUAAUUGGUGCGUCACUAAAACACACUAGGCGACAAAAUUUCCAACUACAAGUCGUUGAACGCGUUGCCGUUACGCCCAUUUAUUUAGCCUGUUUAACCGUUUUGUUUAUUUUAUUAAUCAUUAUUAGCCUUUGAUUUUUGUGUUUUCUUAUGUUUUGCAGGUGGACUAAUUAUUGGGGAAUCGGGGAAUAUUCUUUUGGAGCGGUUGUGCAAGUCUGAACUCUGAAGCAAUGCCAGCUUGGUGUGAAAGCUGGAACAUACUUGAUGAAAUUGGAAUAACAUUAUGAAAAUUAACUAACACGAAAUUUCUAAAGUAGACCAAGACCGAGUUAUAGCCAAGCUAAGUGAUGGAAUCGGCCAGGUCACAUCAAUAAUUAAAGAAAAAAAUGUGUGUCAAUAGCACCACGAGCCAUGUCGAUUUUAUAGACGGCCGAGGAAAUCAGUAAUCCGCCUAUUGACCCAAAAUAUUCUCGGAUUCCCUCAAAAUCGCUAGAAGCAAUUAGUAAGUCAUUAUGACCGAGAGUGGGAAUUGGGAACGAAUAUUUUUAGUUGCCCAGUUGGUUGGCUGGUGGAUCCAAAGAAGGUGGAAUGACUUUUGAAGAAGACAAAGUACAGGUCUGGAGGGUGCUUAGUCUUUUGAGUUUUUGGUCGACAUUUUGCCAAAGUUCUAGGCACCCUUAGGUGUGGAUCAAGAGCCUAAUGAGUUAAGCGACCCCUCAGAAAAAUAUACCUAAUUUUAUAUGAAUACUAUACCGGCAUACAUAAUAUUUAGGAAAUCACAAUUAAGUCCUAAAUACAUAUGCAUAACACAAAUGCACCACUCUAAGUUGGUUUUAUAUUAAUAAGGACACAUUUUAACACAUAUCUACCAUAUGUCCUCAAGUUCAUUUACCAAAUUAACCUUGCUCAAAUAAGAAAAUCUUCUCAGAAAUACAAAAAGAUCUAGUGACGCACUGCAUUUUUGAAAUUUUAAGCUGCUACUAAGAUCUCACUGCUACUAAGAUUUUUAAUUCAUCCAGUCCUGCUACUGAACUUGAACUCGUAGAGAGAAAAAAGAGAGAAAGAGAUGGUACUAUACUUUUUGAAAAUUUAAGCUGCUGUUGAGAACUUGAAUUCAUCCAAGUGAUCCAACCCUGCUACUGCAACCAUUGUCGUCAAAUCUUGCUACUGCACUUGUACUCAUAAUCAUUUGAUUUUGCUAUUACACUUGUCAUUAUCGCUGCUACUAUAUACACAACAUCAUUCAUGCUACUACGCUUCUCAUUAUGCUACUUCACUUGUUCUUGCUACUUUACAUCCGUUCUUGUCCACUUCAUCUCUAGCUAGUUUUUCUACUUCCUGCUACUACUUGAAGUUUGAAUUCACAUUCAGAAAAUUUCUUUACCCAAAUUGAGAGCUUUUCGCCAAGCCCAUGCCUCUGAUAAAGAAACAUUUCCACUCCUUAACUCUUUUCUAGUCCUUUUCAUUUUAGCAUCACCAAACUUUAGAAGCCGUGGCUUGUCCUCAAUCUCCCUAGAUCCAAUCCAAUUAAAGAAGAAGCAAUGUUUGGCAAAAACUUAAUUUCAACAUCUAUUAUUCCACCACAAUUGAAGUACCACAAAUCAAUUACCUGAUAGACGGCGAGGCGUCGUCAGCAAGGAGUGAAGGCAUUGAAAUUCACCGCCGAGGCAUUGUCAUCAAGGAGUGGAGGCACUUGAUAGACAGCGAAGCGUCGUCGGCAAGGAGUGAAGGCAUCGAAAUUUUCCGCCGAGGCAUCGUCAUCAAGGAGUGGAGGCUCCUCCACCAUUGCAUCUGAUUUCUUCUUAGAGAGAGAGAAAGAGUCGCACCACCAAUUCAAUUAUAAAAGAGGGCAUUUUGGUCAUUU